CCCGUGUCUCCAGGUGAUCGACCAUCACUAGAAUUCUUUCGAUCGGCAAACCUUGCUUCCCCUUCUUACUUUUUUAUUUCCAACCCUAGAGGUUAGAUCUUUAUACUUCCCCUUCUCCUCCACCUGUCAACCUGACACAUCGGCGCUCUUCAGCCUGGAGAUCUUGAUCUUCAACCUCACGCUAAUAGACAACUGCUGUCCCCCUAAUCGACGUCGAUUCUCAUCUUCGUCAUCAUUACUCUAUACUUUGAGAACGAAAGUAUACAGGCCAUCAACCAUAUAUAACGGACCGUUCAAUUUGGUUUCCUUGGUUCGCUCGACCGCACAUCUCGGAAGAAUACGAUCAACAAUAUCACGGCAACUACCUUGCUUUGAUAGUCUCGCAAAGGAUCUAGACUGUCAAGCCCACGGGAAAAGAAGGAGACAAAGAGAAACGAUCAUAUCAUCGAUUACAUUAGAUCUGCUCUCUCAGUCAUAUUUCCACCCGGGUCUCACCUAACUAGAGGAAAGGAACGAGAACGGAAAGACAAUCCCCCGUAAGGAAGAAGGAAAGAAGCACCAAUCUCCCACGCCACUAUCAAUACUCAAUCCUACUACUACUACUACUACCACUACCAUUAUGGAGACCCGAACGGAAACAUACACACGCCACCAACCACCCUCGGUACGGCAAGGCCGAAUGAAGAUUGACUCGCUGCUAAACCCUUCUGCUGACGGCGGGCCGGACGAGCACAGCAGCACGACGGGGUCGCCAUACAGCCAGCACGCGACAAUGUCAUCCUCGUCGCACAGCAACGGCUACGCACUUUCACCGGGCUACCCACCAUCCCCGAACCAGUAUUGGUAUGGACGCCAUCAAGGCUACCACGACACCAGCCCGGGCGCAGCAUCAACCGCCACGACGAACGUGAGCAGUGGCAGCGGUAGCUCACACCAUCACCCUCAUCACCAGCACCAGCACCAGCACCAGGGUCAAGGACAUCACCAGAGUCAGCAUUCAUCAAGUGGACAGCACCACCAUCACCACAUGUUCCUGUCCUACCGACCCACGAACGGGUCUACCCACUCAUCGCCGGACCCGUACCACCCACGCGAGCGGUACGACUCCGUCUCCUCCAGUUCCAGCAACAACGGCGACCGACGGAGGCCGCCACGCCCCAAGUACGAAGAAGAAGAGAUGUACUUUAUCUGGUACCACCGCGUCGACCUGUGUCAGGAGUGGAAGGAAGUCCGCGAGAGUUUCAACCGUCAAUUCCCCAGCCGACAGCGGCGCGGGUUCCAGGGUAUCCAGUGCAAAUUCUACCGAUUCAUCAAGGAGAAGAAGUGCCCGACGCUUCGGGAGCAACGACGAAUGCGCGAUGGCGAGUUCCUUCGCGAGGGGGCUUCGAUGGGGGCUGAUUCGGGGGCUCCACGAUUUGGGGUGAGGGAAUGGGCGAACGUAUGGUAUCCAUGGAUGCGCGAGGGUGAAGAGAUGAGCCAGAGCCAGUCGCGUAUGUCGACGUGAUGACACAUGGACUUACGACUCAUGACUCUGUUUUUGAAUCUUUCAUUUCCUGCCUAUUCUGUUCAAUAUCAAGGGAACGAUGGGACACCUGGAGGCUAUUUGUCAUUUUUUUCUGCGCCUUUUCUGUUCCAUGAUACCUUGGUGGGAGUUUUUUGGACCUGGCUUUUCAGCAAUCUUGGACUUUUUUUUGGCGGGAAUAUUCUUUCGCUUUGCUUUUGGGAAUCUCGGGUCUUGGGAGGUCAUCGUCUGUUUUAAGUGUUUUGGGUGGUUUAUUCUGCCUUUCUUGGACUCGUCACAUUGGGAGGAAUUUCUGUAGGCAUUUGACUCGCGCUUCCUGCCUUUCCUUUUCAUGUCUUUCUACUAUACCUACCAUCAUCUACUGCGGUAUUUAUUCCUACUAUAGUCAACACCUCAAUUUCACGAUCAUAGAAUGAUCAACUCGUUCGUCAGA